CAGAGGCACUCACUCGCUCACUCGCCGCAGACCGCACUUCCAUCGAUCUCUCUCCUCGCCACGGGCCACGGCCUUCUCCUAACGGGAGCCAUGGAAGCAGACGCGAGCCAUACACCCACCACCUCCUCCUCCGUCUCCGUCUCCUUCUCCUCCUCGUCGCUGUCCACUUCCUCCUCCACCUCCUCCCUCGUCGACAAUGGCGCGCAAGACCGGCCCAAGAGCUCCAAGCCCAAACACGCCGCCAAGAAGCGCAAGAGAGCGGCCGCGGAGGAACCUGCCAAUGCCGCCCACGGCGCAGGGGAGGAUACCAGCAGCUGCAGCACCGACGACAACGCGGCGGCGAGCGGCAAGGCGCAGGCGGGCGGCGGCGGCGGCGGCGUCGACAGCAGCAGCACCUGCACCGCCGCCUCGGCGCCGAGGAGCGGCUUCAAGCACCCGUCGUACCGCGGCGUGCGCCGCCGGAGCUGGGGGAAGUGGGUGUCGGAGAUCCGGGAGCCCCGCAAGAAGUCGCGCAUCUGGCUGGGUACCUUCCCCACCGCGGAGAUGGCGGCGCGCGCCCACGACGUGGCCGCGCUCGCCAUCAAGGGCCGGAACGCGCACCUCAACUUCCCGGACAGCGCCCACGAGCUGCCCCGCCCGGAGUCCACCUCCCCGGCAGACAUCCAGGCCGCCGCCGCCAAGGCUGCCGCCGAGGUGCGGUGCGAGGAGGAGUCGUCGCCGUCGUCGUCGCCCACCGCCGAGCAACCCGAGGAGGAAGCCGCCUGCCCUGACACGGUGCACGCCGACGGCGGCCAGGACAAUGCUCUCUUCGACCUACCCGACCUUCUUCUCGACCUACGGGACGGGCUCUGGUGGUCGCCGGUGUGGCCGGCGGCACUGGCGGCCGAGGAGUACGACGGCGGCGACGCCGUCGUGCUCAAUGAGCCACUCUUGUGGGCCGAGUAGCCAUUUUACCUUUCUGGGCUCAUGAAUAGGCUACAACGACAACUCUCAAGAAAGAAAGAAAAAAAAGGGAAAAAUGUUAUUACCGCUAUAUUUAGUAGUUACUGCUAUUGACAAAGUUUAGUCUAUGUUGUGCUUGAUUAGGCCAUGAAGCCUGUGUGCUUUGUGUACCAACAAUCAAAAAGAUCUCUCUACUAAUAGAAGUUAAUUAAUUCGAAGCAGAUUUUUUUUCA